AUGUAUCGGCUGCCGGAGUUUGAUCAGAGAAGGAAUAAGUUGGACGUUCUGUCCAGUUCCCCGCAGGAACAUUCAAGAUUACAAUUAGGGAUGUGGUACUGGAAGGAUGAUACCAAAAGCCUUGAAUUCAGAAGUUUUACACCUACAAUAGAACUCAAGGAAAAAGGAAAGAAAGGCAAAGCAGUUCACUUUGCUGAAAUUGAUGGUACAGCUUCAGACAGGUUGACAGAGAAAAGACUAGCUGCAAGAGAUGAUAAAUCAUCUAAAGCCUUAGAGAAGCGAGGUCAGCAGGGCUCCGUUACCCUAGACGAUGUUAAAUAUGUUACUUUGCUUUUACUACAAGACACUGAGAUGCAGCGUAUCUGUUCUUUUACAACAUUUAUGAAGAAUAAGAAUCUUGACAAUUUCCUCAUGGCAUUAUUAUACUAUUUAUGUCAUUUUUUGGAGAAAAUCUCGCUGGAAAAGAAACCCAAAAGCUACAUGGUAGGUCUUGUAGAGAAGAAAGAGAUGGAAUUUGUUUUAAAUAAGUUAGAUGCAGCACAGAAAUACUUGGCGCAAAAGUAUUGCAUCCUUGUCCUGGGCCUGGGAAUGCCGGACAAGCAUCACAUGUGCUGUGGCAAAGAGAAAAUAUCAGAUACACAAAAAGACUGGAAAUUCUUCGAGUCCUUUUACAUGUUCUGUACAUACAUAGCCUGGAUUGUCUUCCAACGUCAACACUUGACAGAGAUUGAAGAAGAAAUAGGGAGACUCUUUCGUACCAAUAUGUUCAACAUUCCUCGAAGGCGACGUGAGGAUGAAGAAUCAGGGGGAGAAAAGAAGCGCAUGACCUUUGUGCAGUUCAGGAGAAUGAUGGCAAAGCGCCCAGCGAUUAAAAAAGCCAUUAACAUGCGCUCUCCAGUUCUGUCCACUCUUCUGCCUUCUCCCAGAGAAAAAGCGCAGAAUAUCUUUGAGAAAAAGUAUCACCAUGCAGGCAUCAAGCUUCCAGCCCACAUCCCAAAGCACACAGAGAGCCGGGAUUCUGUAGCCAUGCCAGUAGUUGGCAUCCUAGGGGAGCCUAGAUAUCUGUUCAACCCCCAUACUCUUGAACCUCUCGAUCAAGAAGAAAUCACAAAAUCGUCUGGGAGACAGUCUUCUAUGACUGAAAAAAGUAACAUCAGGAUUCAGAGCGCACUGGACUUAACUUUGAGAACACGAUCCUCUCAAGUGACACUCUAG